GUCAUCUCUCUCUCUCUCUCUCUCUCUCAAUUCAAAAUCUGUGUUUGCUCUGCGAAUCGAUGGGCGACCUGAAGAACUCGUCGUCGCCUGGUUCUGAUCGACGCCAAUGGCAGCGAAUCUUUGGAGCUCUAGUGGAGAUGGUGCGGACGCAGCAGUCUCAGAUUGAAACCCUCGCCAACGAUCGCAAGUUCCUCGAGCGGUACAUCCAAAUCCAGCACGAUCGGUGGGCGUCCAAAGCGGGAUUUCUUGAAGCCCAUAUCUCCCAGAUGAAGGAGGAGGAAAAGAAGGGCCGGAGAGUGCAGGCGACGAAGCUCGAUCUGAUGCUCGGGAUGAAGCAGAGAGAGGCUCUGCGCUACAAGAAGCAGUUUGAUCAAGCUGAGAAUGAUUUGGAGGACUUUCAUGCUUAUGUGGAGGCUUUAAUUGCAGAAAUUGCAGAGCUCAAGGAAAAACUGAAAAAUCUUGAAGCUGGUGGAGUAAAGAGCGGUGCUGGAUAUUCCAAGUCAGCAGAAAAUUCCGAGGGGCAUAAGAACUCUGCAGUUGACUUAGAAGGAGAGAUUCGGAAGCUGAAGCACUCUUACAAAAAUCUUAGCUUGAAAAAGGAGGCUGAGAUCUCUGCCCUGUUAGCAGAAAAGAAUUUUGUAUGGAACCAGUUGAAUAAAAUGGAGAGUGACUAUAUUGUUCUCCUCAAGACCAAGCAAAUAGAAAUUACGAAAGCUGCUGAGGACAUGCAGAAGCUCCACUCCAACCUGGAAAAUUUGCAGUCAUCCAUCAUUGAAAAAGGUGAAAUUAUCACUAGAUUGGAAGCUGAACGGACAAGGCUUGAGUUGGAUUUGAGAAGGUACACCGAUGAAGCAGAAAAAACUAGUAAUGAAAAAGAGAAGCUCCAUCUUAUUGUGGAAAAUUUGCAGUUAUUGAUCAAGGAGAAGGAUGAGACAAUUGAAGCUUUAAAAAGUAAUCUAGCUAUGGUUGAGCAGAAUGUCACUGGGUGCUGUAACAGGACGUCCAGAUUUUUCAUAGAGAAGGGUUCACAAAGGAAACCAAGAGCUGCUGUAGCUACACCACAAGGGACUCGAUCAAAACGGGGUUCAGGGAAAAGCAGCUCACUAUGUUCAGAAGUUAACAAAAUGAAAAAACAGCGAAGUGCUUACGAAGCCUCUCCUGGAUCACAUGCCUCCGUCUCCACUAAACGGCUUCAAAGGUGUUCCAGAGAGAAAUGGAAAAAGAGUAUGUCAGCAGGAAGCCCAAGACUGUUUUCUUCCAGUUUCAAGGUUCCAAAACUGAAGAGCACAUCUCCUAGAAUCUCAUAAGUUGACAAUUCUAGUUAUGUAAAUUUCUUGUAAGUUUAUUUGUAUUGUGGUUAACUUUAUAUCCAAGUGUCAUGUUUGUUUUAGUAUUUAAAUAUACAGUUCUUUCUGUCCUUUUUGUAAAACAAUGUCUAAUUGUUUGAAACAUUUCCGUAAUUACUUUAGCAUCAACGGGCGGCUACAAGCAAAAAUGGUUGCCAAACAAGUUAA